CGACGAUGGCGCUCACGAUUGCGGACUUUCUCAAGGCGUCGUCGUCGACCGAGUCGGGCCUCGAGGACCUCGAGGUCGCGUCUGGCCUCGAGGUCUCUGGCCUCACGCAGCAGCAGCAGCAGAGAGCGACGCGGACGCCGUUCCUCUCGUUGACGUGGAGCAAGCGCGGGAAGAAGCACGUGGUCACGGACGUGACGCUUGUCGAGCUUCUCUCGGUAUACGGUACGGUCAAGCAAGUCAUCAUGGGCACGGGCUCGCGCAAGACGGCGAUUGUUGAGUUCGCCUCCGCUGACGACGCGGCCGCAGCCAAGGACGCUCUGGACGGUGUCGUCGUCGCGGCGAUUGGCGGCAAGACCUUUCACAUGGAGUUUGCAAUGCUGCGCAAGGCGUACGAAGAAGAGUGCUCGUUCAAGCGCGUGCCAAACUUCGAGAGAGCGCGCAUGGGCGCGGACCCAUCGCAGUUUGUGCCAGGCCUCCUUGUGUAUAAGGACUUUAUCACAGAGGCCGACGAGGCGGUCAUGCUUGAAGAGCUCGACAAGGGUGAGUGGCGCCGCACAAUUCGCGCGCGCCAAGUGCAGCACUUUGGUUACGAGUUCAACUACAAGACGCAAAAGUGCGACGAGUCGACGCCGCUCGCCAACAUGGCGCCGUUUUGCCGGAGCCUCAUCAACAAGAUGCCAGUCACAUUUGACGGAACGCCCGACCAGAUCACUGCCAACGAGUACCUCCCUGGGCAAGGCAUUGCGUCUCACAUCGACACCCACUCGGCCUUCACCGGUUCGAUCGCGACUCUCAGCCUUGGGCAUGGCAGCGUCAUGGACUUUCGCCAUCCGGAUGGUCGCGUCGAGAGCCUCCUCCUCGCGCCGCGGUCGCUCUACAUUAUGAACGGCGCAUCUCGCUACCAGUGGACGCACUGCGUCCAGCCUCGCCUCUUUGACGUCAUCGACGGUCAAAAAGUGCCGCGCGGCCGGCGCGUCUCGAUCACGUUUCGCAAGCUGCAAACGACACCGUGCGCGUGUGCGUUCCCGGAGCAGUGCGACUCGCGACUUCAAGCCCCGGCUUUGGACGCCGACGCCAAAAUGUGCCCCACAGAGACCGAGAAGCUCUACGUCCACGAGUUCUACGAGAAGGUCGCCGACCACUUCAGCGCGACGCGGCACUCGCCCUGGCCCCGCAUCGAGUCCUUUGUGCGCUCGCUCGCCCCCGGCACGCUCCUCGCCGACAUUGGCUGCGGCAAUGGCAAGUACAUGAAGUGCAUGACACCUACGCAGAGCGCGUGCGUCGGUGGCGAUCGCAGUGAGAGCUUGGUCAAGAUCUGCAAAUCCCACGACUUGAACGUGAUGGUGCUCGACGCGCUUCUCGUGCCGCUGCGGUCCGGCGUCUUUGACGUGGCCAUUUCGAUUGCCGUGUUGCACCACCUUAGCACGUUUGAGCACCGGCUCCAAGCUGUCAAGGAGGUUCUCCGCGUCCUUCGUGUCGGCGGCCAAGGCGUCAUUUACGCUUGGGCUAAAGAACAAACCGAGGAGUCGCGACGGACGUUUGAUGCGACGACGCAAGACUGCAUGGUGCCGUGGAACCUAGAUAAGCGCUUCGCCAAGGACGACACGACGCCAUCCAAAGCGCCGAUCGUCGUCCAGCGCUACUGCCACAUGUUUACAGAGGGCGAGCUCGAUGGGCUUGUUCGCAUGAGUGGCAACGCUACCAUCAACGACUCAUACUACGACGAGUCCAACUGGGCUGUUGUCUUUACCAAGACGAGCGAAUAACUCAAUCCCACGAAUUCAAUACCUUCCACCAUUCAAAUGAGGA